UAUUUAGGGUUUAUCAAAACAUGGACAAGGCGCUAUGGCUGUGCGCGGGAGCGGUGUUUGGAUCCGUCGCGUGCAUAGCUGUGAAUCGCUACUGGGAUUCCUUCUCCGAUCCGAAAUCAAGAGAAUGGAUUUUCUUUCGGCGAGAGACGAAGGUUACAGUAGCAUUGGACACAAGCAAAGUCGAUGAGGAAGCCAUUCUUCCUGAUUUAAGUGAUGAGAUUCUAGUCGAGCAAUUUACACGGAAUGUCCAAUUUUUUGGCUUGGAAGGACAGAAAAGAGUCCAAGCUUCGUUCGUGAUCGUCGUUGGACUUGGAGGAGUGGGCAGCCAUGCCGCCGCGAUGCUCCUCCGGUCUGGAGUUGGAAAACUUCGCUUGAUCGAUUUUGAUCAGGUCUCUUUGUCUUCGCUUAAUCGCCAUGCUGUGGCGACGAGAGACGAUGUUGGCACUCCUAAAGCAGUUUGUCUAAAGGAACAUUUUUCUCGCAUUUAUCCUGAAUGCGUUAUUGAGGCUUGCAGCGAGCUGUUUGACGAGUCGUCGGCGGAGGAUUUACUUUCGGGGUCACCAGAUUUUGUUUUAGACUGCAUUGACAACAUCGACACUAAGGUUUUUUUGAUCGCUACGUGUAAUAAAAAAUCGCUUCGAGUUUUGUCCGCGACGGGUGCUGGGGCCAGAGCUGACCCGACUCGCGUUCGUAUUGCGGACGUUUGUGAAUCAUCGAUCGAUCCUCUUUCUCGCGCGGUGAGGCAUCGGUUAAGACGCUUGCAUGGCAUAGAAAGUGGAGUUCCGGUGGUGUUUUCCAUGGAGAGGCCGAAAGCAAAGCUGCUACCUGUGAAUGGUGUCGAUGGACAGGAAGGAAAUCCUUCAGAUUAUCAAAUAGUUCCAGGUUUUCGAGUUCGAAUAAUUCCCGUGCUCGGAACAAUCCCAGCCAUUUUUGGCCAAGUCAUGGCCUCUUACACAAUUGCGAAGCUUGCAGGGCUUCAAGUUGAAACAGAGCCCGUGGUUAAUCUAGACGUGGAGCACUAUGCUGUUCUUCAUCGACGUCUGAUUGAACGGGAAGAGCUGCUUUAUGGAACAGCCGACGCUGUUGAGGUGAGCAGUUUCAUGGCUUCUUGGCGCUGUUUCCUCCAAAGCUUGCAUUUGAAGGUGGACAAGGAGGAAGUUGCCUAUGUUGUCCGAGAGCUAUGGCGUGGUAAAAGCGCAAGGAACCAGGAUUCUCACGAUGUUGGCAGAGGGAUGUGGCGAUCGGUGAAUAAACUGACACUAACGAGAUGGGAUCACAAACAGCCUCCCAGUGUUUCGAACUUAAUCCUGCUCACAUUUCAAGAGGCCGAAAAACAUGAGGCUUCAAGCGUUGAAGAAAUCAAAGAGCAGGAACCAGCUUUCUACGCUAUGGUGACAGAAACCCUUAAUCGUGGAAAGAAAGAGUUUUAAAGGCAAAGCUGGCAUUCUUUUUCUCGUGAGUUAAUCACUGGAGAAACCUUCAUUUAUAGUAAAUUUAAGCUGGAAAACUCAACUCUA